AUGGCAAACAAUGGUGCUAUAUAUGUAACAGAAAGCCCAAAUGCCUUCAGCUGCUUCUCCUCUGCUCCCUCCUUUUCCUCUUCUUCUCCCUCUUGUUCAAUGGGAAUGGUUUAUGCAGAUAUGGGCUCCCUUUCACUUAGUUCCAACUAUGGCCUUGUUUCAUCUGUUUCUUCUCAGGAGAGUAGCUAUAUCUCAAAGCUUUCUGAAGUGGAAAAUGGGAGGGGGUUUUGGGGUUUUCCUCCUAUGGGGAACUGCAACAACAGAAGCUCUGAGGACUACCACCACAACACUGACAUUGGUGACGGUAAGGGCUCAGAUAGCAGCAGUGAUCACGAGAGUGGGGAAAAUAAUCAGACUUGUAUGAAUGAUCAGAAAGCCAACCUAAUAAACCAUGAGAAGUACCCUAAUGAGAAUGUGGUGAUUGGUGGGAAGGAAACAGAAAGUGGGCAGUCAAAACAUUGUGCCAGAGGGCAUUGGAGGCCUGCAGAAGAUUCCAAGCUCAAGGAACUUGUCGCUCUUUAUGGCCCUCAGAAUUGGAACCUCAUAGCAGAGAAGUUGGAAGGAAGAUCAGGUAAGAGCUGUAGACUAAGAUGGUUUAACCAGUUGGACCCAAGGAUCAACAGAAGAGCUUUUACUGAAGAGGAAGAAGAUAGACUAAUGCAAGCUCAUAGAGUAUAUGGAAACAAAUGGGCCAUGAUAGCUAGGCUCUUUCCUGGAAGAACUGAUAAUGCUGUCAAGAACCAUUGGCAUGUUAUAAUGGCCAGGAAGUACAGAGAACAAUCCAGUGCUUACAGGAGGAGGAAGCUCAGUCAAACUGUUUACAGAAGAAUGGAGGAAGAUCCAAGCUUCAAUGUCUCAAGGAGUACAGAGCCUCCAUCUUACUGUACUCUCAAUCUCCCCCCAAAUGGAGGUCUCAGCAAUAGCACUUUAUCUCCUUUCCCAUAUGGAACAAGCUACAAUGGUGUUGUUGGUUGUGGGGUUGACUAUUAUGGCUCAAACGGCUCACCCAACAUGACCAGUGCGGAAGAA